CUCGCCGCACGGCUCGGAAAGGGUUCUUUCGGCGUCACCUACCGGAUGCGCAAGGUUGCUGGGAUCGAUGCGCGGCGGUACGCGGUUAAGCAGAUCGACUCGGAGGAGCUGGACGGCGCCGGCUUGGAGAAGGAGGCGCGCCUACUCUCGACGAUCGAGCACGAGAACACGCUGCGCUUCUACGACGCCUUUUGGCACGACACCGACGACAGCCGCCUCUUUGUCAUCGUCACGGAGCUUCUCACCGGCGGAUCCCUUGCCGAGAAGAUCGCCGCCGAAGUGCCGCUGCAACCGCCCGAGGCGGCAGCGCUGAUGCGGCAGGUCGCGUCCGGGCUCGCGUACAUGCACUCGCUCAACCUGCAGCACCGCGACCUCAAGCCGGCCAACGUGAUGCUCGACUCGACGGGCCGCGCAAGGAUCAUCGACUUUGGGCUCGCGUGCGCCUCUUCCGCCUCGCGCCGCUCGCGCACCAAGACCAAAGUGGGCACCGACGCGUACAUGUCGCCCGAGAAGGCCGUUGGCAAGCGGUACGGGCCGGCGGACGACGUGUGGGCCGCCGGCUGCAUCCUCGCCGAGCUUCUCCUUGGC